GUCGUUGGCACAGAGAGAUUGAAAGUGACUCAGUCUCUGCGUCUUUUUCUCACUCUGCUUCUUCUGCGUCUCCGUUUGGGGUUUGUGUUUUUUUGCGACUGCGUCGCGUUUGUUUUUGCGCGUUCUCUCCCUCUCUCUCUUCCUCACUCUCUCUCUCAUUCACUCAUUCACUCACUCACUCACUCUUUUCUUCGCUGGCGGAGGCGAUGGUUCCAGAGGAAGCGUACAGACUCCACAUGCGUAAAGACGCGCUCUGAGCAGGAAGAAAACAACGAGGGGAAAGUGCAGAGAAGUUUGAGUCCACGAGAGACAGACCCACGCUGCUGCUGCUGCUGUCACGCACUCUCUAUGUCUCUCUACCUCCUUCUCUCUCUCUCUCUCAUCUGUUACUGCUGCUUCUUCCUUCCCCUCACGCGCGCAUCCUCCAGUCUCCGCGUCCAUCCCCGCGCGUAAUCGUCGCCCUCGGUCAAUAACUGAAACUUCACCUCCUCCCUUCCGCCCUCCCUCCUUCACCCUCUCUCCGUGGAUCUCACUCCCGUGAUUCCGCCGCCGCGUGUCCGUGACUCCGGGAGCCGCAGCAAAGCGAAGCUCGUGCAGCCCUGGAUUCACUACUGCUGAUCAAUGGACAGAACCAGCGCUACAGACACGCCGUAAACAACUCGCUCUCUCUGGCUGGGGCUCCUCUGGGGUUGUGGAGGAGGAUGGAGCGAGGAGGGGACAGUCCCAUCACGCAGGACAGUCCGGAGCGGAGGGGGAGCAGCCCGGACCUCAGCGGCCUCCCGCCGCCGGGGAAGAAGGGACGACUGGAGCUCAACGGCAGCCCCACCGGGCCGCGCAUACGCCACAACGGAGCGCCGCUGAGACCGCUGGGAGGUCUGAUGAUUCCCGUCUUCUGCGUGGUGGAGCAGACGGACGGCGGCGUUCAGACGGACGGCUGCGAGGGACGGGAGGAGCACGCCGAGUUUGUCCUCGUCAGGAAGGACAUCCUCUUCUCUCAGCUGGUGGAGACGGCGCUGCUCGCACUCGGAUACUCGCACAGUUCAGCCGCACAAGCCCACGGCAUCAUCAAAGUCGGACGAUGGAACCCUCUUCCCAUUCACUUCCUGACGGACGCUCCCGAGGCCACGGUUGCCGACAUGUUGAUGGAGGUUUAUCACAUGGUCACGCUACGUAUUCAACUUCAGAGCUUCUCAAAGCUGGAGGAUCUGCCGUGUGAGCAGUGGAACCACGCCACGGUGAGGAACGCGCUCAAAGAACUGCUGAAGGAGAUGAACCAGAGCACGCUGGCCAAAGAGUGUCCUCUCUCACAG